UAUUCUUUAAUUUAGUAACUAUGUUUUUGUGUGUUUGAACACACAAUGUGCAACUGUUGCCACUUCCAAAACCUCUCAAAACAAAACUCUUGUUCCUUCUUCCCAAUUACCCUUAUAAUUAACUUCUGAUAAUGUUGUAAGCCACACAAAAAGAACUGGUAUUUGAGUUGAAACACAUUUUUCAGUUUCCCUCCUAUUCAUCUUUUGACCUUUCACAAGCAACACUUGAAGAACAUGGUGGUGGCGGAGUCUGAGAUGAACUCACAAAACGACGCUGAAUCUCCGAUAGAGUUGGAGCAACAGCACGACGUCAACAAGAAUCACCCAUUUUCUUCACUGGGAAGAGAAGCUUCUUCCAUCUACUCCAUCACCCUCGACGAGUUCCAACACACGCUAUGGGAGAGUGGCAAGAACUUUGGCUCCAUGAACAUGGACGAGUUUCUCAGCAGCAUAUGGUGGUGUGCAGAAGAAACUCAAAUUUUAAACAACAGCAACAACAGCUUCUCACUGAGUGAAGCUUCCGCAGAAAAGGGGUUGAUAAGGAAGCAACCAAGCCUUCCUCGGCAAGGGUCUCUAACACUUCCUGCACCUUUGUGUAGGAAAACAGUGGACGAGGUUUGGUCUGAGAUACACAAAGGACAACAACAACGGCAACCACAGAAAAACAACGACAAUAACUGUGGAAACGUUAAUAAUGAUUACAAUGCUCAAAAUACCGAAUCUGCCCGCCGCCAACCUACCUUUGGAGAGAUGACUUUGGAGGACUUCUUGAUAAAAGCUGGGAUAGUUAGAGAACAGUGUGCCAUUGCAACGCCAGUUCCAGCUUCUACAAGUCAAAAUCAGCAUUUGCAGCAGUAUGGCUUCUUUCCUAAUAACAACCGUACAAUGGACCCUUCUUUUGUCGGAAGGCAGAUGAUGGGAGUUGGUGGCGGCGGUAAUGCUGGUGGGAAUGUGGUUAGACCAUCUUAUCAGGCGGUGCCUAAGGGUGGUGGUGGUCGCGGUGCAGUUGGACAGUCUUCUGGGUAUCCGGCGGCAGUGCCGUCUGCGGUUUGCUUUGGACCGAGGGUGGUGAAUGGUGGCGGUGGUUACGAGGCAGUGAGCAACAUGGGAGUGGUGGCGCCGGUGAGCCCGGUUUCGCCGGAGGGUAUAGGUACUGGUGAAAAGUUUGGUUGCCGAUUUGGGAUGGAGAAAGUUGUGUCAAGAGGGAGAAAGAGGGUGUUUGAUGGGCCUGUGGAGAAGGUGGUGGAGAGAAGACAGAGGAGGAUGAUCAAGAACAGAGAAUCAGCAGCCAGAUCCAGAGCAAGAAAACUGGCAUACACAGUUGAAUUAGAAGCAGAAUUGACCCAGUUGAAAGAAGAGAACGCCGAACUUAAACUAUCACUGGCUGAUCUUGAAAGGAGAAGAAAGCAACAGCAGUCACCUUUUGUGCAGCAGCACUCAGAGGAAGGGAAUUGGAGAGUUCAAAACAACCUUGAAAAUGCCAAAAACAAAUCGAGAUCAUUGAGAAGGACAAUGAGUUGCCCUUUAUGAGAAAAUGAUCUGCAUCUAUAAACAGAAAGGACUAUUGGCUGUGGUGCAUCUUCUUGUGUUUUUUCUUGGACAUAGAAAAAACACUGAAAUUAAUGUCAAAGCCAAUAACAGGGAUACAAUUACUAAGGUAGUAAAUAUAUGUAGUUGCAUGUUUUACAUUAAUAAUAUUUUCAAUGUCAAAUAAAUAAAAUCAUUUACACUAGUUUUCUUAUAAGCUUAUUGUUAAUUACUACAUUUCGUAAAUAAAUUAGUAUUCUUGAUGAGUUGAACAGGUAUAUUGUAUAAGAAAAGUAGCAUAGUGAUUCUGUUCUGCAAACUCGGCAAAGCAAUUUUUUAGAAAUAUUAUUGAAAAUAUUUGGUUAAAUUAGUUUUAAAAAAUGUGGUUAACUGUGGUUUGGGUUGGGUUAAAUAAACUUAUCACU